AACCUCUCGAAUUUGACUUUGUAAUCACACAGUUUUAAUUGGCCUACACAAUUAGACAAUUUUCUUCCGACGAAAACCCUAAAAAAAUGUUGAGGGUUUCCUCACACUCCUAUAGAACAGCGCACUGUUGUGCGCAACGACACGCACAGAGGAGAUGUGAUGGAGUAUGCGCCCAGCCCUGGUCAGGUUAGUGUGCGUCAGGCUGUGAGGACUCCCUCCUCAUCCACACAGCGCUCAGGGUCUCUCGGACUAAGGGAUCCACUGAAGCAGCCUGUAGGACAGACAUCUGGACCGGCCAGGCUGCAACAUGCGCUCGCCACUGCCUGCUGCGCUUCAGCCCCUCAGCGCACCUGGCACGUCGCUCGGCUCAGUUUUAACGCGCUCUCUCCUCUCCCUCCGUCUGUUCCGCACUUCUCAUCAGGCUUGCAGCCGAGCGGGUCAAUGGGGACUAUGCAGUGAGUGGCUGAUAACUGCACCUGUCCCCGCGCACGGAGCAAUGGGCUGCAGUUGUACUUGAAAAGCCAAAUGGAGAACCCAGCCAAGUACCUCUCAUCGGUGCAGGGUAUUGACUCUGCGCCGGCACCCCAAGGAGAGAUUAUGUGGAACAGCACCGAAACAGAGGCAACAAGCGAAGGGAAGAAGGAUAUGGUGGUGCGCACGGUGACGGGCUGUCUGCUGUCCCUUCUCAUCCUAUGGACCCUCCUGGGGAAUAUAAUGGUUUGCUCCGCGGUGCUGCGCUUUCGGCACCUUCGGACAAAAGUCACCAACAUUUUCAUCGUCUCCCUGGCUCUAUCGGAUUUAUUCGUGGCCAUCCUGGUGAUGCCAUGGAAAGCUGUGGCAGAGGUGGCGGGUUACUGGCCCUUCGGCACUUUCUGUAACGUCUGGGUCGCUUUUGACAUUAUGUGCUCCACCGCCUCCAUCCUCAACCUCUGCAUUAUCAGCGUGGAUAGAUACUGGGCCAUCUCAAGCCCCUUCCGCUACGAGAGGAAAAUGACCCAGCGAGUUGCCUUUGUUAUGAUAAGCAUCACUUGGACGUUGUCUGUGCUCAUUUCAUUCAUACCGGUCCAGUUAAACUGGCACAAAGCCAGAGCUGACGACAUGGCUGGGGCGCACAACUCUUCCACGAGUUGGCCGAUGGAGGAAAACUGCGACUCCAGCCUGAGCAGAGAGUACGCUAUAUCCUCCUCUUUGAUAAGUUUCUAUAUUCCCGUGGCGAUUAUGAUUGUGACUUACACCCGCAUAUACCGGAUUGCACAGAUACAAAUUAGGAGAAUAGCCUCCCUGGAGAGAGCAGCAGAACACGCGCAAAGUUGCAGGACCAACAGAAUAGAGUGCCAACACCACAACACCUUGAAAACGUCGAUCAAACGGGAAACCAAAGUGUUCAAAACUCUGUCGGUGAUUAUGGGUGUCUUUGUGUGUUGCUGGUUACCUUUCUUCGUCCUAAACUGCAUGGUCCCGUUCUGCGACAGGCCAGCCACAGACCGGGACGCGGGUCUGCCGUGCGUCAGCGAGACGACUUUCGACGUAUUCGUGUGGUUCGGCUGGACCAAUUCCUCCCUCAACCCCAUCAUCUACGCCUUCAACGCCGAGUUCAGGAAGGCCUUCGCCAGCCUCCUGGGCUGCCGCAAUUUCUGCUCCAACACGCCGGUGGAAACGGUAAACAUUAGUAACGAGCUGGUCUCAUAUAACCAAGAUACCCUCAUCCACAAGGAAAUCGCCAACGCCUACGUCAACAUGAUCCCCAACGUGGUUGAAUGUAUUGAGCACGAAGAGACCUUCGACAGGAUUUCACAGUUUUCUCACAACAACGACAACGCCACCGACUCGGUCUGUGACCUGGAAGACUGCGAGGCAGACAUCAGUUUGGACAGGAUGUCACCAUUCACACCUAAUGGAUUACACUGACUCCUACUUUCUAUGUCUCCCCGUGCGUAAUUGGAUGUAUUGAUAAUAAUGCCAUAUCGUUCAUUCAGCCCCUUUGCCCCAGAAGCUCCUCUCCACAGGGGGCCCACGUGGGUCAGGGUCCUCUGAGCUCCUGAGCAGCGGCCCUUUGCAACUGGUGGGGGAGUCUAUAGGGACCCGGUCAUGGACACUUGAGCAGAGUGUCUCUGCAGCCCGCCCCGGCCUCGGCUUUUUGUCAAAUAUGAGAUGUGAUGUUGUUGUCCUGUUCUGAAAAAAAGUAAUGUGUAGGUGUUUAUUUACAUGGCAAGUGAAGUCUGUGUUCAUUAGUUCAAAGGUUCAGUGUUGUUGAAGCUGUUGUUUACUGGAAGGCUUGACUCGGAGCGUCCACGUCUCAUGUUUAUCCACAUGGAGGGGAAGUGUUUGUAAAGACUCACUGAGGAUUCACAAAGGAAAACCUUUUGCUGCUUAACAAACCUCAUGUGUAUCCAGUGCCGCCUUUCCACUGAGUAUGAAAAGUGAGGGCAGCCUUACAGACAGUUCAAUCCAGAUAGUUCUACUCAAAUGCAGUCAUUUCAGCGCCUUAUAGCUUAUUCAAAGACGACUUUGGAGACAUGAGUGGAAUGUGUCGUAUUGGAGCUUAUAAGUUACAUGAUGCCAAAUGCAGUAUUACAGUGUUUACCCACUGCACCCACCCCCAGUGACUCCUCUAGCACACCUGCUCUGCACCACGUGGACGUUUAUGCAGUCUGACCCAGGCUCCGAUGGCAGGAGAUUUUAAUGGAGCAAAACAUGAUGUAAAGGUCUAAAAUAUAAUGCUGUGAAAAGUGAUGAAAAGUGAGUCUGUUUAUACCAUUAAUGCAAAACAAAUAAUUUUCACCGGAAUGAGCAAAGUCGUUUUAAAAAGCUUUUUUCUCUUUUCUGUAAUUUUCAUUUGUUAUCAAGGCCAAAAUUACCGAGCGCUUCUGCUUUCGCAACCGCAGCCGAGAAACAAAAGACAGGCAAAAUGACCAAAGAUGUCGAGGAGCAAAUCAAUAACUCGGACACAAUAAGGUUGCAGCGAGUUGUCAGCUAGAGGAAUGGUUGCUAUAGAAAGCCCACACACGUGAGGCCGCUGGGCCAACACAACUGGAUGUCAUACAUCACCUCUCCCACCUCUCUCUUAUCUUUGUACUGUACAGAUGACCUGAUCUGAAUGUAAACUGUCCUUUAAACAGUGAAGUGUGUCAUCAUUUGUCAAAUAAAAUGCUGUCAUACUGAGAGGAACAGUGUGCUCUGGUAUCUUCCUGAAGGUGACAUGAAACUUUGCAGGGUUGUAGGAUUUUUCACCUCGAGUUUCACUUUGCGUCUCAGCGUUAACUUGGCCAUCGUGGCAUGUCCACCUCGGACUUGUUCUGUUUUUUUGUUUUGUUUGUAGAUCUCCCUUUCAGCUGUUUGCCACCUUUGGACAGACUGAUGGUAGAGAGUGACAGGAAAUAUUGGCACAGAGAGACAGUGAUGGAUGACGUGUAACAGAGGUCCCCAGACUCAAACUAAGGGAUAUCAUGCGGUGAAUAUCAUAAUUAUAAGCUGCUGCUCCUCUAAGUCCCUUCAAUACAAUGUGACCGUCAUUCAGAGGUUCAGAAAGCUGUAGAGUGAUAAAAAAAGAGCAAACACAGCCUAAGGAGGCAGCUCUGUUUUUCAUGACAUUGUCUUUUCUUGGCCUCUGAUCAUAUUGCCCUGCCCUAACACACAAUACCUGAGUAACCACAUUCUGUUGAACUGCCAACAGCAUCUGUCCAUUCAGCUUUUCUGUCAACCACAAAACAAAACCACUUCACUGUUCCUCUCUUACAUAGGUGUUGGCACAUCUGGGUUAGCACACAAAAUAAGUAGCUUUUUACGUGUGAACAAAGAUAAAGAAAUAUCAAUUUAAUGUGACUCAGCCUAUGUAUCCCAGUCUGGCCAUUUCCCUAAAAUGAACUUUAUUAUUGAUGCUUGCUGACAGUUUUAAUUUAAUAAAAAAGAUUGUCAUCACAA